AUGAUUAUGCCUUGUGAUUCUCUUGAAGCUAAACGUCAAAUGUUAAGUGAAUGCCGAGCUUACUAUCAAAAUGAUGCUGUUCAAUUAGCUCAAAUCGAUAAAUUUAAAUACAAAUAUCAAUCAAAAGACGCUAUUCGUUGGUAUACGAAACCUGAAUGCUUAUUUUAUCUCUUUAAUAAAGUAUUACGUAGUCAAGAUAUUUGGGUUCUGUAUAAAUUUCGUUAUUUUAUUAUUGAUUUAUGUUAUCGUUUGGAAGAAGUUUCUAGUUCACAAUCUCUUUCACCGAUUCGUCUUUAUCGUGGAGUAAAACUUAAUCGAGACGAACUCGAACAAUUUCAUGUUGGUUGUCUUAUAUCAACUAAUGGGUUUUUUUUCAUGUUCAUCUAA